CAAACACAAACAUUUCUAAACCAUUGUGCAAUGUAGUUUUCAAGUGCAAGUCUUACUGAUUAGAAGUUUAAAUAUGUGGACUUAAAAUAUAAGAAUUCAACAUAUAGAAAUAUUAGGCACUAACAACAUAUUUUGGGACUCAAAAACAUAGUCAAUAAAAGUCGGUCGUCUGUCGUAUUGCCGUCAAAACAUAAACAAUUUCUUAUCAAAACCUGCAUAGAAAGAAAGUCGUGCUUAGUCUAAACACGUGUUUGUAACACUGGAUUUGUGGUUUUAUGUUUGUGCACUCGGUUAAAUCUUAUCAUUAUCGUCUGGUGAUAAAAAGAUUAAUUAGUCGAAAAUAAAUAACGAUUUGUUGAACUCAAAUUUGUUGGUAAAUUAAAUACAAAUAAAAUAAUAGUGCUACACAUCCUAAUAACGUCAUACGCAAACGGAAAGAAAUUUGUGUAGCAGUAGUAGUGAUUAAUUUUAUCAAUUUGUAUUUGUAGACCACACAUAAAUACUAUUAUCAGCAAAUAUAGAAUAGUUUGGCUAUUGGUUAGUAAAAAUUUUGGAAACAAAAAUUUGUAUAUAAAAGAUCAUUUAACACAGAGUUAUUCAUUCAAGUUGACAUCUUUGUUUAAAAAAGUUGUGUGUGUGUUCUUAAGAUUUUAAUUUAAAAAUAUCGAAAAUGAAAACAUUUGUUGCAGUUUUAGCUUUAGUGGCCUGUGUUUCUGCCGCAGAAUGGACGGUUAAAUCUGAUGAACAAAUCAAGCAGAUUCGCGAUGAAUGCUUACAAGAAAAUCACAUUUCUCCUGAACAAUUGAACAAAAUAAACAAUCUUGAAUUCCCCAAUGAAGAACCAGUUCGCCAAUAUAUCCUCUGUUUUGCUGUAAAAUCGGGUGUCUUCUGUCCCCAUCAGGGCUAUCAUACCGAUCGUAUUGCUCAACAAUUCAAAAUGAAUAUGGGCGAAGAACAGGUUAAGAAAUUGGCCGAUGCUUGUUUAGCAAAAAUCCCCAGGGACGAUAAGCCAAACGAUGUUUACACUUUUGAGAUGCAUAAUUGUUUUUUGAGCAGUAUCAAGCAACGUAGCUAAAAUAAUGUGUUUGACUUGAAAAAUAAAAAAUGUUUAGUUAAAAUUAAAAAGUUAAUUGGUUUAUUUAUUUAAUUUCAAGAUUAUUUUGUUGAGCAAAAGUAUGUAAUAACAAUUUGGAUAGUUUCAAUUCAAAAAUUUAUAAAAAUUCUUAAAAAUAAAUCAACGUCAAUCA